AUGGGUGCUGAGACAGAGACCAAGCCGAAGGUCAUCUUCAGGAAGGACUACACGCCGACUCCGUACAACAUCAAGAACGUGAACCUCACGUUCAAGCUCGAUGAGGACUUCACGACCGUCCAGACCAGGCUGGCCAUGAAGCCCACGAGCGCCCCCACUGGGGCCGACCUGGUGCUCAACGGGGGCGAGGACGUCAAGCUGGUCUCCAUCUCCGUGGACGGCACGAAGCUCGACUCCUCGAGCUACACGAUCGCGGACAAGCGCCUGACCGUCAAGGGCUCGGCGCUCCCGGCCAGCGGCGAGUACGUGCUGGAGACGGAGGUGCACAUCAAGCCGCAGGACAACACGUCGCUCGAGGGGCUGUACAAGUCCUCCGGGAACUUCUGCACCCAGUGCGAGGCCGAGGGCUUCCGCAACAUCACGUACUUCCUCGACAGGCCCGACGUGAUGACGGAGUUCACGGUGCGCAUCGAGGCGGACAAGUCGAAGUACCCCGUGAUGCUGUCGAACGGCAACCUGGUCGAGGAGGGUGCGCUGGGCGGCGGGAAGCACUUCGCCGUGUGGCACGACCCGCACCCGAAGCCGUGCUACCUGUUCGCGCUGGUCGCGGGCGACCUCGCGGUGACGGAGGACUCGUUCAAGACGGCGUCGGGCCGCGACGUGAAGCUGCGCAUCUACGCGCAGGCGCACAACAUGAACAAGACGCCGUUCGCGAUGGAGAGCCUCAAGAAGGCGAUGCUGUGGGACGAGAAGCGCUUCGGGCUCGAGUACGACCUCGACCUGUUCAACAUCGUCGCGGUGGACGACUUCAACAUGGGCGCGAUGGAAAACAAGUCGCUCAACAUCUUCAACAGCCGGCUGGUGCUGGCGUCGCCGGAGACGGCCACGGACGUCGACUUCUACCGCAUCGAGGGCGUCGUCGGGCACGAGUACUUCCACAACUGGACGGGCAACCGCGUCACGUGCCGCGACUGGUUCCAGCUCACCCUCAAGGAGGGCCUGACGGUGUUCCGCGACCAGGAGUUCAGCGCCGACAUGAACUCGCGCCCCGUGCAGCGCAUCGACGACGUCGUCGCGCUCCGCAGCCGGCAGUUCGCGGAGGACUCCGGACCCAUGGCGCACCCCAUCCGCCCGGACUCGUACAUCAAGAUGGACAACUUCUACACCCUCACGGUGUACGAGAAGGGCGCGGAGGUCGUGCGCAUGUACCAGACCCUCCUCGGCGUCGACGGCUUCCGCAAGGGCAUGGACCUCUACUUCUCCCGGCACGACGGACAGGCCGUGACCUGCGACGACUUCCUCGCCGCGAUGGCCGACGCCAACGGCCGGGACCUGUCGCACAUGCAGAACUGGUACUCCCAGGCCGGGACCCCGGACCUGCACAUCGACACGGCCUACGACGCCGCGGCACAGACCUUCACGCUGACCUGCAAGCAGAGCACGCCCGACACGCCCGGGCAGACGGCCAAGAAGCCCGUGCUGGUCCCGAUCGCCAUGGGCCUGCUCGGCCCCGACGGCUCGGAGAUGCCGCUGACGCUCUCCACGGGGGAGUCCCUGGGCACCUCUACGGUGCUGGAGUUCGCCGACGCGGAGAAGAGCUACACGUUCACGGGCGUGGCGCAGCGCCCCGUGCCGUCGCUCCUGCGCGGGUUCUCGGCGCCCGUGAAGCUCGAGGUUGCCGGUCAGACUGACGAGGACCUCCUGCUGAUGAUGGCGCACGACACCGACUCGUUCAACCGCUGGGAGGCCGGGCAGCGGCUGCUGAAGAAGCUCGCGAUGUCGCUGUACGGCGCCGCCGCGGAGGCCGGCGCCGCGGGCGACAAGGCGAAGGUCCGCGCCACGCUGGCCGCCGCGGGCGGCGUCCCCGAGUCGAUCGUCGGUGCCGUCAAGGCCGUGCUGACGGACAAGGCGCUGGACGGGUCGUUCAAGGCCAUGGCCAUCUCGAUCCCGUCGCCGUCGGAGCUGGUCGACGCGAUCCCGGAGGCGGACCCCACACUGAUUCACGACGUGCGGUCCUUCAUGGUGGGCGAGCUGGCGGCGCGCCUGCGGCCCGAGUUCGAGGCGGAGAUGGCGGCGAACGCGAGCGAGCCGGGCGCGCCGUACGUGUUCUCUGCGCCGGAGAUGGCGCGCCGGAACAUCCGGUCGAAGUGCCUGGCGUACCUGUCUUCGCUGGGCGCGGCCGGCGACACCGCGAUGAUCGAGGACAUCUACAAGCGCUUCAAGGAGGCGACGAACAUGACGGACCAGAUGGCGGCGGCGGCGGCCCUGAACGAGAUCGACUGUCCGCAGCGCCAGCAGGUCCUGGACGAGUUCUACCAGCAGUACAAGGACGAGCCGCUGGUGCUGCUCAAGUGGCUCACGCUCUGCAGCACCUCGAACGUGGCCGGGAACACCGCCGCGGUCGAGCAGCUCAUGGCCGACGAGUCCCGGUUCAACAUCAAGAACCCCAACUCGUGCUACUCGCUGUUCGGCGGGUUCGCGGCGUCGGCGCACAACUUCCACAACGCGGACGGGUCCGGGUACAAGCUGCUCGCGGACGCGGUGAUCCAGCUCGACGACAUCAACGGGCAGGUGGCCGCGCGCAUCGUGGCGGCCUUCACGCGCUGGAAGAAGUACGACCAGGGGCGCCAGGCGCUGAUGAAGGCGCAGCUGCAGCGCAUCGCCGCGAAGAAGGGCCUCACGGACAACGUGUACGAGAUCGUGUCGAAGUCGCUGGAGUGA